GUCGCAAUGGCGCUUUCACAUGCAAUGAAUAAGCUCGGCCCAAUUUGGGUUCAAGCCGUAGUCGGUGUAGCGGUGUGCUCUGGUCUUGGCUACGCCUCCGUUGUAAGCAUUCGAAAACCCCCCGGCCCCUCAUCUACUCCUGAGUGGAAGGAGCAUGCCAAGACCAUGCCAAACCCACUCCGUGAUCCUGAGGGAAAGCUGCGAUAAAUCUUGAUGAUGUUAUAGCAUCACUGCGAAAAUAUGUGCAUGCGCAUAGGUCCUGCCAUGUGGCUGUUAAGGAAUGAAUGCGGUGUCCUGA